CGAGGCAGGUCCAACCCCACGAGCGAUUGCACUUGACUGAAGACCAUGCAACGCAGCCAAGCCGUGAGCUUCUACCGCGCCAUCUACCGCACAGCCGGGCUCAUGCCAUCCAAGGACCGGACGCGCUUUGUGCGCCGGCGGCUGCGCGCCGAGUAUGAAAAGUACCGCCACGAGGCCAACCCCGAGCGCAUCGACUUUUUGCUCCAGGUCGCCGACACGCAGCUCGACACGCUUCGUGUGCAAGUCGACCACUACAACCAAGUCUUUUCCGACCCGAGCUACCACCAAGUCUAGCGCAUAUACACUGAAAUGGAGCACCACGAGCCACAAAUCGAUAUGUGCAUGAGCUG